UAGAUCGAACUUUAGCGACAAACGCGUUUCCUAUCGUCGUUCGGUGAACAAAUCGUUCGUUUUUCGUUAGUGAACAGUCGUCGGGCGGCCGCGAGACUAGCAAGUGUGUUAAAAUUCGCCGAGGAAUUCUGUCCACGGAAAAUGGCGCGUUCGUGCAAUAAAUGGCGCUAAUGUUCCUCGGUGGACGAUCCUUCGAAUUUUUCCUCAUCAUUCAAAUUUUAGCGUUCGAUUUUUAGAAAAUUCGAACCUCACUCGGUCCUCGCGUCGCCGGGCACGCGUCCACUCAGCCUCGUCGUCGCUCGGAUUCAAACAGAGUCGAACUACUUUCGAGAGAUUUGAAUUUUUGAAUUUUUAAAUUCCUACCGAUUCGUCUCGUUUUCACAUGAUUUCGUGUAGUCCGUCCAACAUUUUUUUCCUUCGUCCACGAUAUUCACUUUCGUGUACAACCCCGACGACGUUCCUUCGUUCGAACCGAGAAUUAUUUACCUUCUCCGAUCUUCUAACCUGUCCACGCGCUCCUAAUGGAACGUGUGGACAUCUGGAAACCGACACCGCGACGAGAUAUUGAACGUCGCCGAUGAUACCGUUCAGGUCGUGAUCAUGUCUGUAAAUAAGGGGCAGAACGCCAGGGCGCUGGUCGAGCCGAUAGCACUGGACCCUCACGCUCUUAACGACGGGGACCUAAGCGCGCUCAGUUUAUCCCACAGCAACGAGCAGUACUCGUCGAACGACUUCGAAGCGUUCGCCAAUAUCCAAACAGAGCUAGAAUGUAUGCACGCCGAGGAAGUAAUGACCACCGACGACGAGCAUAUAAUAAUCGAGCGUAAUAUUGAGACUGAGACAAUCGUACCUGAUGUAGAAAUGACUGAGGUUUCUGAGCAAGCUCAGGAGGAGCAUAUUAUCUAUACCACCGCGAGUCAGAACAAUCAGAACAUCGUGUUCCAAACGAAACCCACGUUGCAGAGGCUUCCCGUGUCCACGGUUCAGGUGAAACCGAAUAUUGGGCAAGUAACGCAGAGCCAGUCGAUCAUGAUUGUAUCUCCUGCCGGUGGCCAGGGCACCAGUCAGAUAUUAAAAAUAUCGCAUCCGUCGACGGCGUCCGCUGGACAGUUACAGACCCUCGCUCAGACUCUGAUAACUGCGAAAUCUGCAGAUGGAAAUAUAGUACAAUUGAGAUCGGCGCAGCCCAGCAAGCCUCUCAUGGCCACCAGUCAUUCGGGGAACAUCACCUUGGGAAAUGUUCAGACUGUGAAAACGUCUCAGUCGGCCAUGAAACGCAGCGCGCAGAACACGCCUCAGAAUCGAAAUGUAUAUACGAAGAUGAUAUUGACUGGGAAUCAGGCGCAGUCGGGGCAACAGGUUUUAAUAACGCAGAACGAGAAUCAAACGCAGGCGAUUAAGUUUCUGAACAACAGCACCUCCGGGCAGGAUUCUACGAAUCCCACGAAGACUAUAACUCUGGCACAGGCACAGCAAAUGGGGCUCCUCUCCACUAACAAAGUUCAACACAUUUUACCCACCUCGCCCCAGAAACAAGUGAGUAUCAAGAAGAAAGGGAUAAUUGUAAAUAAAUUAGUGCAAUCGGCGACCUCUCAACCGUCGAAGAUGGCCAUACUCCCCAGCAACGCUAUUAAACCACCGACGAAGAUUCUACCGGCGCCGACGGUCAACGCUGCUAGUAAAACUUCGACUAUUUCCAAUCAGCAGUCGACGUUCUCCACUUCGAACAAGUCGACCGUACAACCGAGUCCGCAGAAAGUGAUCAUACGACAGAGUUCUUUGAAACCCGGAACCGUCCUCGGCAGCGGGCAAGUGAUCAGAAUACCAGCAAACCAGAACCUCGUCACCGGUUCUAAUCAAGUGCAUCAGAUACAAAUGCCGGGUAGGCAAGUACAGUACGUGAGAUUGGUCAGCACGCCGUCGACCGGCACUACGAACGUCGUCACUGUAGGAAAAACGAAAUCACAAACGACAUUGCAGACCGUGGGAGUCGGUCAGAAGCUGGGAGGUCAACAGCAGAUCGUCAAGGUGGUGCCUUUGAACACGAGCAAUCAGUCAUUGAGAACAGUCGCACCUAAGAGCACGUUAACGAGCACCGGUCAGAGAUUACUGAUCCCCGCGACGGCGACGGUCGGGAAUCAGUCGAAGAACGCAGUCGCUAUCCCAGCGUCUGCUCUCAGUCAAUUAGCGUCAGGACAGGCCGUUCUUUCCAAUUCAAAUGUGGGCAAUAUUGUAGUUUUAUCGACUCAAUAUAUUCAACAACAGGGCACCGACGAGGGCAAGUCGAAGGCGCAGCAAGCGGCGCCCAGUUUGCUAGGAAAUUCCCAACAGAAUCUACGAAACUCCACGGGGACCAUAUCUGUCGGCUCUCUCGUAGAGGGCAAGAGUUCUCAGAGAUCAUCGUACACCACCGUCGAGCCGAACGGCAUCAGGCCGAGGAAGCCUUGCAACUGCACGAAAUCGCAAUGCCUCAAAUUAUACUGCGACUGCUUCGCGAACGGAGAAUUCUGUCACAUGUGCAACUGCAACAACUGUUCGAACAAUCUCGGAAAUGAAGAAGAGCGUCAGCGGGCGAUUAAAUCCUGUCUGGAGCGUAACCCGAACGCUUUUCGUCCAAAAAUCGGCAAAGGCCGCGAGACCGGCGACGACAUACGUAGACACAACAAAGGUUGCAACUGCAAACGAAGUGGAUGCUUAAAAAAUUACUGCGAAUGUUACGAAGCUAAGAUUCCUUGCUCGGCUAAUUGCAAGUGCAUAGGAUGUCGUAACGUUGAGGAACCGAAUUUAGAGAAGAAAUCGUUGAAGGAUCUUGCAGAGGCGGCUGAAGUAAGGACCGCCCAACUCACGCUCAACAAAACUAAACUUCAACUCUCCGAAAUGGCUUUCAGACCCCCCGCGGCGUCCAACACAGGCGCAAGACAACCGUUCAACUUCUUGACCGAUAAAGUAGUCGAAAUAACGUGUCAGUGUUUGAUGGCACAAGCCGACGAAGCUGAACGUAACAUGUACGACGAUGAAACGUCGCAAAGACUUAUAAUCGAAGAAUUCGGUCGCUGUUUGAAGGAGAUUAUCGAGUCAGCGCACAAGGCCGAGGCUACCUAGCAGGUGCGUUCCAAGCGCAGGUUCAAAAAGAAGCACUCGAAAACAGGAAAGCUGAGAACGCUGAUUAUAGACCUUGUAAUGAAAUAAUUCCACGUGUUACGUACCAAAGGUAAAGAGAAGUAUUAAAAAAUUCGACCGAUUCUCUCCCGUUGAAAUUCGUGCUGCUCAAUUGUUCUUAUUUGUAAUUAAGAAUUGGGAAGAGUAGAAAUUGGUCGAACGUUAUAAAAUUUGUAACACGCGUUUAUUAUUAUUAUUAUUAUUAUUAUUCGGUCGAUGAGUCUCCAGAGAAGAGGCGUUAAAUCUGUAUUUAUCAGACGUUCUCCGUCACUUCUAAUCUUGCUAUUUAGAUAUUUCUUAUUAAACGAAACGCGUGUACUCGAAUAGCAUACUUCUCAGCAAUAAUGGAUGAAUAAUUAAAUUUGAUUUUUAUUCGA